UUUACAGUGGGAGUUCUCGGCAUGCUGAAAGGAGUAACAGUAAAAGUUUCGGAAAUGGAUUUUCUUGGGAUUAAGUGCCAUUUGUUUUUAUUCGUAUUUAUUAACAGUGUAUUUAUUAGUGAACAAACCAAAGUGGAGGUCUUGCUCGACAUGAGGGCAGCGAGAGGGGAGCUGGGGUGGCUUACAUCGCCCUAUUCUGACGGGUGGGAGAUUGUCCAGCGGGUGGUGAACGGCUCCCAGCUCUACACCUACUCCGUGUGCAAGGUGGAGGGCGGCGACCAGGACAACUGGCUGCGCACCACCUUCAUCCAGCGCGCCCCGGCCGCCACGCGCGUCUUCGUGGAGCUGGGCUUCAUCGUGCGCGACUGCAACUCCUUCGAGGGGGCCUCGCUCACCUGCAAGGAGACCUUCAACCUGCACUACGCCGAGUCGGACGCCGACGUCGGCACCAGCUUCCACAAGACGCAGUUCCGCAAGGUGGCCACCAUCGCGCCCGACGAGAUCACCGCCGGCGCCGAGGUCCAGGUCAACACGGAGACGCGGACGGUGGGGCCCCUCUCCCAGAAGGGCUUCUACCUGGCCUUCCAGGACAUCGGGGCCUGCAUCGCCCUGCUGUCCUUCCGGGUGUACUACAAGGUGUGCCCUGCCACCGUGCAGAGCCUGGCCUCCUUCCCUGAGACCGUGGCCAGCGGCGGGGCGGGCAACGGGGAGAGCCAGGCCUUGCGGGAGGUCACCGGGACCUGCGUGGAGAAUGCCGUCAGCCAGGAACAGCCGCGCAUCUACUGCACGGUGGACGGGGAGUGGGCGGUGCCCGUGGGGCACUGCCAGUGCAGGGCCGGGUUCGAGCCCGCCGCUGAAGCCUGUCGAGAAUGCCGGGCUGGAUUCUUUAAGGAGUCUGUGUCCAGUGAGCAGUGUGAACCGUGUCCCGUCAACACGGAGCAGUCUGCGGCCGGCUCCCUGUCCUGCCAAUGCAAAGAGGGCUUCUACCGUGCCCCCAAGGAGCCCCAAACCGCAGCAUGCACAGCUCCACCCUCACCCCCACUCAACCUGGUCGCCAUGACGAUCCCGACGUCUGCGGGAAAGCUGCAGCUGUCCUGGGGCCCGCCGGCGGACACGGGCGGGCGCGAUGACAUCACGUACAGCGUGGCGUGCGAGCGCUGUGAGCGGGCGGCCUGCCUGCCCUGCGGGGAGAAGGUGCGCUUCGAGCCCGGGGCCUCGGACCUGCCGGUCCCCCGGGUCGGGGUGAGCGGACUGGAGCCGCUCCUCAACUACACCUUCACCGUGGAGGCGCACAGCGGGGUGUCUCAGCUCAGCGACCGGCAGUCCACCGCCUCCGUCACCGCCGCCUUACAGUACACAGAUCCCCCCAAGGUGACAUCCAUGCGUGUGGAUAAGCAGGGAUCCACCAGCCUGGUUCUGUCCUGGACCAUAUCCCAGAGGGCUUUGCCACAGAACACACGCUACGAGCUCAUGUAUCGCAAGAAGGAGAAAGACAGCGAGAAGGACGUCACUACGUACACGGUGCUGGUUCUGGAGAAGAACUCGGUCCAGAUCUCUGACCUGGCGCCGGCCACUGCCUACCUGUUCCGAGUCCAGGCCCAGAACCCUGUGGGAGGCUCUGGCACUUACAGCGAUGAGUUCAAGUUUGAGACUCUUCCGGAGGAGAGCAAAACUCCAGGAAACACAGCAGUGAUCGUGGGCGCAGCAGCUGGGGGAGGGGCCAUGCUGUUCCUGGUUGUGGUGGUUCUGCUAAUACGCAAACGGAAAAGGAACCCGACUGCUCGGCAGGGUGUUGAGGACACGUACUUCUCAAACUCCGAGCAACUGAAGCCCCUGAAAACAUAUGUGGACCCUCACACAUAUGAGGACCCCAACAUAGCUGUCAUGAAAUUUGCCAGUGAGAUUCACCCAAGCCACAUUACCAAGCAGAAGGUUAUCGGGGCAGGCGAGUUUGGGGAGGUGUACCGAGGCGCUCUCAAGGCUCCGGGGCGAAAGGAGGUGGCGGUGGCCGUCAAGACGCUGAAGCCGGGCUACACGGAGAAGCAGAGGCAGGACUUCCUGAGCGAGGCGAGCAUCAUGGGCCAGUUCUGCCACCAGAACAUCAUCCGUCUGGAGGGAGUCGUCACCAAGUAUAAGCAUGCCAUGAUUGUGACAGAGUAUAUGGAGAAUGGGGCUUUGGACAAAUACCUGAGGGAUCAUGACGGGGAGAUGACCUCGUACCAGCUGGUGGGCAUGCUGAGGGGCAUCGCCGGCGGCAUGAAGUACCUCUCCGACAUGAGCUACGUGCACCGCGACCUGGCCGCGCGCAACAUCCUGAUCAACAGCAGCAUGGUGUGCAAGGUGUCCGACUUCGGCCUGUCCCGCGUGCUGGAGGACGACCAGGAGGGGACGUACACCACCAGCGGAGGGAAGAUCCCCAUCCGCUGGACAGCUCCGGAGGCCAUCGCGUACAGGAAGUUCACCUCGGCCAGCGACGUGUGGAGCUUCGGCAUUGUCAUGUGGGAAGUGAUGGCGUUCGGGGAGAGGCCCUACUGGGACAUGAGCAAUCACGAGGUGAUGAAGGCCAUCAACGAGGCCUUCCGGCUCCCGGCGCCCAUGGACUGCCCGUCCGCCCUGUACCAGCUGAUGCUGCGGUGCUGGCUCCAGGACCGGUCCAAACGACCGUGCUUCAACGACAUCGUCAACCUGCUGGACAAGUUCCUGAGGAGCCCCGACUCGCUCAAGACCAUCGCCGACUUUGACCCCCGUGUGUCCAUCCGGCUUCCCAGCACCAGUGGCUCAGACGGCUCCCCCUUCAGGUCGGUGUCAGAAUGGCUGGAGUCCAUCAAGAUGAGCCAGUACAGUGAAAACUUCACCUGUGCAGGCGUUGUGACCAUGGAGCAGGUUCUGCAGAUGAAGAACGAGGACAUCCGGAACAUCGGGGUGCGGCUCCCAGGCCACCUAAAGAGAAUCGCUUACAGCAUUCUGGGCCUGAAAGACCAGACCAGCACACUCAGUGUGUUCGCUGUGUGAGCCCGAACCCAGACUGAACCAGAACCAGGCCUUCCCACUUAGCUGGGCCCACUGACUGAUUAAGCUAUGGGCUGGACAGGACGGGAGCUCCACAGAAGAACGGGUCAGGACCGGAUCAGGCCAAGCCUGCAUGGGGACGUGGAGAUGACCUGCCCACCUGCCUGCCAGCCCACUUCGGCUCUGAAGUGACUGCACACUUGAAAAAGACUUGAUGUACUUAUUAAGAGGAAAAUACAUUUAUAUGUAUACACACACACACACGCUGUACACUCAUAUACAUACAUGUGUGUGCGUGUGUGUGUAUGUAUAUAAGUCUGUAUAUUAAAUAUGUAUAUUUUUAUUAUGCCUUUUUGUAGCAGCAAAAUCAAUUUUUUCAUGCAUUUUGUAUCGUGUAAUGUUCCGUGCAUGCUUCUUUUAUCAAGAAUGAGCAACAACAAAAAAAAAAAGAAAGAAAAAGAAAAAAAAAACGAUUUAAUUCGAAGAGCUCCAUUUCAUCUAGAAUGGCGUGUGAUUCCAGUGUGCGGUUGAAGGCUACACUUAACUCGCGAACCUGCGGCCUCAGCACAGUGUAGCUUUCCAUUACUCACCUGUAGGAGCGAGUGCAGGAAAUGUGACUUUUCAGCGAGACAAUGAGUCGAGCCUCUGCUCUGGCGUGUGCCGUCACUGAGGGCCGGCGCUGAGGGAAAGGUUGGGAGAUAAGAUUUCGGACAUUAUAAACGGGGGGGUAUCACAGCGAGAGCGCAGCCCAAAGUGCU